AUCUCUCUGCUUCAUGGUCCAGGAUGAAGAACAAGCUGUGGUACUUUGAAUUUGGCACCUCAGAGACCUUUGCAGCCACCUGCAAAAAACUCAAUGACCACAUAGAGUUGGAGUGCGACGGGGUUGGGGUGGACCUGAGCAACAUCUUCCUUGAAGGCAUUGCCAUUCUCAACAUCCCCAGCAUGUACGGAGGCACCAAUCUCUGGGGAGAAACCAAGAAGAACCGGGCUAUGAUCAGGGAAAGCAGGAAGGGCAUCACUGACCCCAAGGAACUGAAAUUCUGCGUCCAAGGUAAGCCAAGCAUGAGGAUAAUUGCUCCAGGUCAGUGCCCCAGAGGUAAGGGCAUUCAGGUAGGUCUGUUAGCAAACUGUAUCAGGACCUAAGCAGGCUCUGUGAGGCUCUGAAGCCUGCCGGGGACCCGGUGCACUGGGGAUAGGCUGACUCAUCAUCUCUCAUGUUGCGAAGUUUACAACACAGUUGAGAAUACAGAAUUCACAAUAAGGGAGUCCUAAAUGACAGUCAGUAGUCAAACUGUGGUGCCUCAUGAAGGUAGGAGUCAAACGCUGAUCCUGUUGGUCUACCAGUGUUCUCCAAUAUCCGAAAUCUAGGGGUCAGUUUUCAACCCUCAUCGUGCUGCACUUUUCAGUGGCAUUUGACCCAAUUGAUCACUCCCUCUUCCUGGAAACACUUUGUCCCCUUGGCUUCUAGGACUCCGCUGGCUACUGGUUUUCCUCCUACCUUCCUGGUCACUCCUUCUCAGUGUCUUUUCUCUCUGGCCUCCCGAUGCUGGAGGGUCUCCAGGCAGGGUCCUUAACCCUCUUCUCUCCUGUCUGUCCUCACUCCCUCGAUGACCUCAUCUAACGUAAGACUUUAUUUAAAUACCACGUGGGUAUCCAUGAUGCCUCAAACCCUGUCUCCAGCCUCCCACAA